AUGGCGCUAGAAGGAGGGCCGGUCCGAAUGUCAAGCGAUCAACAGGCUCACUCCGACGAACCCCCAGCCGUCAGGCCGCACACGACCGACGCAACGGAAGAACAUCCCCAACAGGAGGGGGUUCGGGACGAGCGCCCCGAUGCGAUCUCGGAGCGCUAUUGGCGAUUGUUCAACGACCCCGGUCUGUCGCCCCCCAUCGCCAAUCCCGGUGGCCCGUCCCCCGUGCCGCCUGAAGCCUUCUACGACCUCACACACCAGGUCCGGGCUCUUACGGGAGUAAUGCAAACCAUCAUCCCGCUGGUCUCUCCUCCGACGUCUUCACACUCAACCCUACCUCCACCACGGCAACGGUCCGCCGCCCAGAACCCCGCGUCGCCUCCCGAGUCUCCCGCUUCGCCUCCGGGCCAAUCGACCCAACCCGGGAGCCAACGAGCGGAGGACCUAGUGGCGCACCCGACGCCCAUGGCCCCGCUUUCAGACUCGACGGAGGGCCUACGGGCCCAGUUACGCCUCGUAGGCCGCCGACUGUACGAGGUGCAGCGUGAGGUUCGCCGGACCAGGGGAGACCCGGGGGCCAAGCAACACCAGGGGUCCCCUUUCACCCCCGAGAUUCAAGAGCAAGCAAUCCCGCCGCAUUUUCGGCUCCCUUCAUUGGAUCCCUACGACGGCGCCACCGACCCGGCGGACCACUUGGCCGGGGACUUCGAGCUUAACUUCCUGGCUCACGCUAAGCCGAAGCCGUCGGUGGCAAUGCUCCUCGGGCUCAACCAGAGGGAGGACGAGCCCCUUUCCCACUUUGUGAACCGCUUCACCACACAAAUUCGCGGGCUGUCUGAUGCUCACCCUUCUUUGAUGAUGCAGGCAUUCAUGAUGGGCCUGCGCCCUACCCGAUUCUUUUGGUCUCUGGUGGAGCGACCCCCCACUUCGGAACCCGAAAUGUUGCAGCGCACGAACCAGUUCAUCGCUGCUGAAGCAUGGAUGGUCGGGAGGCGCGACGAGCGCAAGAGGGUCAAGCCAGAGCACUCCCAGCAACAACAGCCUGCUACCUCCCGGCGUAGGGCCGGCGGCCUCAACGAGGCGGUGCCUAGGUCCCCUCCCCCGGGCCUGAACUCCUCUCGGACCGAAAUAUUUCUCCACAUUAAGGAGAAAGGCCUUCUAAAAGACCCCCACCCGAUGAGGAGCCCGCGCGAACUCGCGGACCACUCUAAAUACUGCCGUUUCCACCGACAGCCCGGUCACGACACCGAGGAGUGUCGAGAAUUAAAAAGGCAAAUUAAGGAGCUCAUCCGCCGAGGGCACCUCGGCUCAUACCUCCGGCCAGAUAAGGAGCUCUCGCCACGCCCGGAGGGGCUCAUCGAGCGGCACAUAGAUGUCAUAACCGGCGGGCCAGCGUCCGGAGGGAACUCCAUGGCAGGCGGAAAGGCAUACGCCAGGGCCUCCCGAGCCGAACCUUCCAAACAUGAGAAAGGCCCCGAAGUCACCUUCCCGACCGGGGGACCCGAGCCAACCGAACAUGAUGACGCGUUGGUGAUAUCAGCCAGAAUCGCCAACGCGCAAGUAAGAAGGAUCAUGGUCGACACUGGAAGCUCGGCCGAUAUACUUUAUUGGGACGCCUUCCAAAAGCUCGGCCUGGUAAAGGAAAACAUGAAGCGGUAUGCUCAAUGCUCACGGGGUUCACCGGCUCCUCAAUCUCGUCACUAG